CAGCUAGAGCCGCCCCCCUUGACCAUCUCGAACGAAAAUGCAUCGAAUGAGGGUAAGACGAUGACAGACGAUGAAGAUGCCAGUUCGGAUGAUGUAAAAACACCUCUACAAUCACCAAAAUCCCAAACCAAUAGCAAAGAAGAAGAGGAAUCGUCAUUGGCCAAUAGUUCAGACAACAAGAGUCCCAACACAAGAGGUCACACUAGCUACGAAAAUCCCUUUGACGAUAAGAAGCCCGCAAAAGUAGGAGCGCAACGGUGGAAAAAUCUACAGGCGGUCAUGGCCUACUACCAUUCGCUGCGAAAAAUUAAGAGGUGUCUGUUUAUAAGUUUGUUUUUGUUUCAGAAACCUCCGUUGAAGAGGGAAGAUUCGUUCUUGAAAAGAUUCUCGACACGACAGAUUCCGGAAACGCAGGAAACGGUUGAAGAUACAGGAAGCGAAGGGGGUAACAACGACGGUACUAAGUCCGGCGCACCAAGACGUCGCAGACGCCAGAAGAAGAAACCCCUCACAGUCGUCAACCCCGAUGAAAAUUUCUACUUUUACUGGCUCAUGGUCGUCACUGCCUGUCUCUUGUAUAACAUGUGGACGCUCAUAGUCAGGCAGAGUUUUCCGGAAUUGCAGAGCAUGGCUUCUGGUUUUUGGACUGCGUGCGAUGCCUUGAGCGACGCAGUUUUCCUGAUGGACGUCGGGGUUCAAUUGCGUACCGGUUAUUUGGAACAAGGCCUUAUGGUCUACGAUUCUCAUAAAUUAGCAGGCCACUACUUACGAUCGCGUGCCUUCUUGCUUGAUUUAGCCGCUCUAACGCCCCUAGAUUUGCUCCAGCUCAGGCUUGGUACACAACCUCUUCUCCGUUUCCCGAGAUUCUUAAAGGUUUACCGUUCCGUAAAGUUCUACUACAUCGUGGAAUCUCGCACAGUGUGGCCGAAUCUAUGGAGAGUGGUAAACCUGAUCCACAUCCUUUUGAUUCUUGCUCAUUGGUUUGGUUGCUUCUACUACCUCCUCUCCGAAGCCGAAGGCUUUCAGGGAGACUGGGUUUAUCCGUACCGUCCUGGAGAUUAUGCCACCCUAACACGCAAGUACCUGGGAUCAUUAUAUUGGUCCACCCUCACGCUUACCACCAUCGGAGAUUUACCGACCCCCGAAACAAAUGCUGAGGAUAUCGGCUCGGUGGAUGGCCCAAGGUCCUUGCCGCGCCGGGGCAUCAAGUCACGCCUACUACAAUUCAGCACGAACCGAGGGUAUAUUUUCACAAUUGUCAGCUAUCUUAUAGGAGUUUUUAUCUUCGCAACAAUAGUAGGUCAAGUGGGAAACGUAAUAACAAAUCGCAAUGCGAAUCGUUUAGAAUUUGAACGCCUUCUAGAUGGAGCGAAAACAUAUAUGCGACAUCACAAGGUACCAGGAGGGAUGAAACGCCGUGUCCUUCGAUGGUAUGAUUAUUCAUGGUCAAGAGGGAGGAUACAGGGGGGUGGUGACAUAAAUACUGCUUUAGGCUUAUUGCCAGAUAAACUGAAAACUGAGUUGGCCUUGCACGUUAAUUUGAGUGUUUUAAAGAAGGUUACAAUUUUUCAAGAAUGUCAACCAGAGUUUUUACACGAUUUAGUUUUGAAAAUGAAAGCGUACAUUUUUACCCCGGGAGAUUCGAUUUGCAGAAAGGGCGAGGUGGCGAGGGAAAUGUUCAUUAUUGCGGACGGAAUAUUGGAGGUUUUGAGUGAAAACGGUAAAGUACUGACCACAAUGAAAGCCGGCGACUUUUUCGGCGAAAUUGGAAUCCUUAAUCUCGAUGGACUCAACAAGCGUACUGCGGACGUAAGAUCGGUAGGUUAUUCGGAAUUGUUUUCGUUGUCCCGAGAGGACGUUUUGGCCGCGAUGAAGGACUAUCCGGAAGCUCAAGAGAUCCUUCAGAACUUGGGCAGGAAACGGUUAAUGGAAGUGAAGGCCUCGGCGAGACAGCAAGCUCAUAAGGAACAAAAACCGGACCCUUUACCAUUGGAUAAAGGACUCGUUGGAAAAAUAAGAAACGAGGCUAGGGGCCUAAAAAAAGCGAUCAGAAAAACUAGAAACCAUCACAGACGUUCUACCACCGAUGAAGCCAUGGAGUUGCAACCACUUCACGCUAAAGAAGAAAACAACAAUAAAAGCGUUUUGAAACGGAUGUCGCGUCUUAAAUCCAAUUCUAGUCAAGAAGAUCCAAACAGUUCAGUGGAACACCCUCCCUCGGUUGCUGAAGGAAUUGUAUCUCCACUUGGAGCUGGUCUUCCAUUACUUUCCAGAUUAAGGCUGCUAAAGGAAAAGCAAGAAAAUGAAGGAAAAGUUGGAGGUGGUGGAUUUGCAGCAUUCACUCGAAAAGUUAUAUCGCCGCCUCCGCCAGCCGCACCAGUCAAGAGUCCUCCCAAAACUGAGGACGACAACUUGGAUCCCACAAACACCAACCUGCCUUUCCUCCAAAGGAUCCUUCUCCUCAAAAACAAGGAGGAACAAAAUGUCCAACAACAACACAGUAGUCUGCCCACGAGUCCAACGACUACCAUGCAAAUGGUUGCAGUUACCAGAACCAUAUCCUCAGUACCCAUUUGUAACAAAACCGUUCCAGUGACAACAGCGUGUGUUACAACAACGUCCUGCAGUCGGUUGUCUUUCAAAGAAAAAAUAAAACUGCACAAAAGCGCCAACAACAAACUGACCAUUAGUGAAAUCAAAGAAAGUAGCACGGAUUCGAAGCAACAAACUUCGGAAGUGUCGGAAGCGGGUAGUGAAAAAUCGAAAACCGUUAAUUUCGCAAGUGAUAGUGAUAAAAAUGUAAAGACGACGUCCACCUUAGAUCCUCCCGCUCCUCCUAAAGCGAUCGUCAGUUGUGCACCCUCAGAGAAAAAAACAUCCCCCGUGCUCUGUGACAGUAGUAGUAGUGCUCGAUCGCCCAUCGUUACAGUUACCCUAUCGACGAGUGAUACCCUCCAAGAAGUGGUCAAAAAUCGAGAGAGUCCGGAAAAAGACGAUCCUCCCUGGAGCAAACUGAAGAAGGCCGCGCUUGUCCAUGAAGUAAACGAUGUUAUGAUCGCGUCUUCGAGUAGUGGGGGUAGUGAAAGUGAUAAGGGCUGUGCGUCAACGAAAAUACGACCCUCUAUGUUGACGAUUACAAGGAAAACGAAAAACUAUAGGUCGAUCGACGAUCUAUCGCCGGAAUAUAGUGGUUUACCGUUUGUGAAAAAACUGAAAAUUCUAAACGAAAGACAAAAAUUAGCUGAACUCGAAUAUGAAAUCAAAAAGCGUAGCUUUAGUUUGGACAUUCCUGACACGCAGCAGGCAACCGUAGAAUGUGAUACGUUAACCAGGUCGCAUUCAGAGGGUAGUAAAAUGCACCAAGAUAAUAAACUCCGAUCGAAAAACACCCUCUUGUCUUCCACCGCAGUUCCCAUAAGCAGAAGUCCACUCCAUUCGAGCACCGAGUCCAACGAAACCCAAGAAAGAAAAAACCUCAAGUCCAUUUUGAAGAAGCUGACCGAGGAAGUCCAAGUGCCACCAAUGACGCCCAACAAAAUCGACUCAACGGAAUUCAGGAAACUCAUGAGGGCACCAACGAUAGAAGGUUACGCUGCAAGACAUAGUAAACUUUCGAAAAGCGUCACUUUUGACAGGGGUACUUCACAUAGUUAUUUAAAUAACGACCCACUAUCAGAAACAGUCAACAUUUUACCUUCCAAAGAAAACGGAAUUGAAUCGAAAACAAAAGAAAGCGAGAGCAAGCUGCAAGCUUUAGAAAAAUUCGGGUUUCUGCCUUCAAAAGUUAAUCAAUUGAAAUUGUUUAAAGGACCUUUAGAAGAAGACCAACAGUACUACGAGGAAGUCGUUUUGGCAAUCAAGCAAGUGAUGGCGUCCCAUCUUCAGGAGGUGCAGGAAAAAUUUGAGCAAAAAUUCGAAAAAUUGGAAGAAGAAUUAAGAAGCAGAGAUCAAGUUAUCAACCAACUGCGAGCACAUAUCAUCGAACUAGAGAGGGUCACUGACGAGUCAUAUGCGGUUCCAUUCUGCCGCACCCAGGACUCAGUGGAAACGGUGAUCGGAGGUAACGUGGACCGUUCCUCCUGGGAAGAUCACACCUUCCACGAGUCCCAGGAGUUACAAAAAUUGCCCCGCUCGAUCUCCCCCCAACAAAUCCACUCGUCUGCAUCGUCGAGUGUUGUGCUCGACUUGGAGUCGACGACCGACACCGAGGGCGAGUCCGAAGACCCGGGCGAUUCUUCCGAACCGGGGGCUUACGAAUCGGGAGAGUGUAGACGCAAUACGAACUGGGAAAUUGAAAUGCUGGCGGCACAAAUGAGACAGAAACGAUCGGCCAGUUUAGAUUACGCGGUCAGACAACCCCCCAGGAGACGGUUUAAUAGGGGGAGUAGUGUCGAUAACCAUAAGCAUGACUGAUAUAAUAAAGUAUAUAUUUGUGUUGGUGCCUACUAGGUAUGAUAGUGAGUGUACCGAUUCUAUUCGAUUUGAUUUAGAAAACAAUUUUCUUCAGAAAUUAAAGAACCAGACAAAAAAUAUUUACAGGAAAUUGCUUUCGAUACAACUGGGACAGACAGGAAAUCGAAAUUUAUAAAAAUCAAUCGCUAUUUCUGCAACUUUUAUCGUUGAGAGUUAAGAAAAUAAAACAUGACGCUAAUAAAAAACCCAUUAAUUUUUUUUUUAUACUGGAAUAAAGUUAAUGGUCCCUGAAUGAAUGAGAACGAUAACAAUAGUUAUCUACAACUAAUUGUAAGUGAGGAGCAUAAUUACUGAGUAGAUAGAAGAAACAAUAAAGCAACUAGAAGUUGAAGUGAUAAUCGUGAACGUAAUAUUUUCUAAAAAUUCCCAAUUUCUCUUUAAGGAUGUUUGGGAGAUACAAUCGGAGACAAGAGU